UUUGUCUGUCAAAACAAACUGUCACACAUUGUUUGUAUUGUAUUGUUAUUUGUGGAUAAAUUAUUGGCGGUAAAGGUUUUAGUCAGGAGUAAAGUUCUAAUUCAUAAAUUAAGCUGCAAUCAUGGAUACUGAACUCCCAUUAAGCCGCAUCAGGACAAUUAUGAAGAGUUCCUUAAAUACAGGACAAAUAUCAAAUGAAGUACUUUUCCUGAUGACCAAAUCUACAGAAAUGUUCAUUCAAAAACUAACAGAGGAAGCUUACGGAAGAGUGAAGGACGAUAACACACUUAAAUAUAAACACUUAUCACAAUACGUGCAAAAGGAGAAGAAUUUGGAAUUCUUGCUGCAAAUAGUUCCGGCUAAAAUUAAAGUGAAAGAUUUCAAAAAAAUACUGGAAUUGGGAGAUGCGAAUUCAUCAUCCGAGAGUGAGGAUGAAAGGCCGUCCAAGUGAUUUCGAUGAACCUAAACUUUAAACCUAAAGAAUUUUUACUAUUUAAUUUAUAAAAGAAUACAAACGAAUAAUAAGAGACAAUAGAGUUUUAUAAGUAA